AUGUGGCUGUCCAUGGUCAUGAACGGCAUGGUGCUCACGGUGGUGAUUGUGGGCGUCUACUUGGUUGCUUUGAUGAACUUCUGCGAUGGCCAGAUCCUGCAGAAGGACAUCUACGAGCUCGGCCCAGGAUUCCACAUUUGUCCCAACCACGGGUCCGAGAACAUCCGCGCCUACAUCAGCCGCUCCUUUACGCGCCCCAUGUGGCACGACAUCUUGGGGAACCCCAGCAUGCAGAAGGCCAUUGUCAUGGCGCAGGUUUGCCUCUACGUCGCGGUGCUGGUGCCGUACCUCUCGGACCGGAUCUUGGGCCUGCGGGGGCUGGAGAUUGGCGUCUUCGGUUGGGCGCUGGCGCUGGCAGGGCCGGUGGGGUGCUUCGUCCUUAGCGAGUCCUGCAAGCUGAUCAGUGCUUACCAGGCCCGCAAGUACCAGGACUCGCUGGCGAUGGACGAUUCCAAGCCACAACUCCCGCUGACUGCCAGGAAGGCCGCCGCGCUGUCGAAAGCGCCGGCCGUGGAGCAGAAAACGAAGAAGAUGCUUUGCUGCAUGCCGGGCCGCUGCGCAUGGCUGUGA